AUUGCAAAAUCGUCAGAUUUUUGCAUUUAUUUCAAUUGGUUGUAAAAUGCUGACUGACAGAGUGAUAGCCACCAAGGAGGCUCUGGUUGUGGCUUUGGGCGACAACUGGGAGCGCUACAGAUCAAACAUGAAGAAUUGGUUUCGCAAUCGCUGGAGUAAAGAGGAAUUCGACUGUGAGUGCCGAAAGAUCAUGUCUCCGGACAAGUUGCAUCUCCACAACCAGUUUCUGCUGGCGCUGCUCAACAAGAUUGAUGCCUUUGCCCCCGUGGAGACGACGCCACCUUUACAGGCCAGCAACAGCAACAGGAGCAAGCGGCGAAAGCGAAGCACGCGAACGUUUGCGGAGCGUUUGAAUUUCGAAAUCUUGGAGGUGCUGGAUUUUGUAGCCGAGGACAAUAUGCAAGUGAUUCGACCACCGCCCACCGUAAGUGGCGACCAGCCGAUGCAGCAACACCCGCCAACCCAACGAUACUGCGCCCAGGAACUUUUCCUGCCCGAUGCUGGCUUCAUAAUGGGCCGUUUCCUGAUCGGUGCCUGGGAGAUUGGUCUCGUCUCUGUGGACGACAACGUGGCCGAGUAUGUGGCCAUGGCUGUGCAAGUGCUGCUCAAGGAUCUGCUGGGAACCAUCAUCAAGAAGCGUAAGCACUACAAAACCAGCGGUGAAGGCAACUUUUACUACGAUGUGGGCGCCCCAAUUCGAGAUCCCGCCCUAAGGAACACUGUGACCCGCCAGAAGGUGGACGACAGUCUACUAGAGUUUGACAAGGAGCUAAAUACGGCAAACUUUAUGAGAAGGCAAAACGAUGAUGUUAUCUUUCUCUCUGCUUGCGAAGAAGUCAUGCCCAGCGAACGGACUCUCAUCACCCUCAAGGAUUGCCAGCUAGCCUUUCGGGAUCGCAACUUGAUUGGCUCCCACUCGGUGUACUCGAUCAACAUGGAGCGCCUCAACAUGAUGAUGCAUUAACUUAACCAAAGUAUUAUAGAAACCUAUUUAAAAUCAGUUCUAUUCAUGUAGGUGUAGCACAAAGGGUGCUCAUGCAGGGUAUAUACACAGCUUAUACUAUUA